CACGGAAAACGGAAACAGUUUGACAGAUUUGACAGUCCGAUUUCUUUUCAUCAAUCCUUCUACUCCUUUAAACUACACUCAUAUAAAAAUGAAUUCAUGAAUAAAUGGCUAAAAAAUUGGUAAUUCCAUCGUCAAGUACAAAAUGCUUUUGAAUUUCUGUGAUCCUUCUCUGAGAACUGAAGUAAAGUGCAACACUGUCAGCACGGAAGGUUAUGAAGUCGAAAAUUUAGUAAACAAAUCGGAAACUGGUUUUAUGGUUUAUUCCUGCAUUAAGCCACCUGUGCAUGUGGAUUUUCACUUUGUCUGCAAUAUUCGUAUAAGUCACAUAAUUAUUUGGCCAAGCGUUGGUGCUCAGAAAUCAUCAGGUUUCCAAAUCCUCGCCAAAUCAUCUGACGAGGCGAACACAUUAUACACAAAUAUCUCCAAUGGAUAUUUGAAAUCCUUAGAUUCUGGGAUCAUAUUCCAUCGGAGUGACAUUGAUCCCACACAAAUUUCUAGUCCAUCGAAUUUUCUUCAGUGUCGUAUGAAGUCUUCAGAGUCACGGUUGAUCAAUUAUGCAAGUAAAUUGAGAAUUAGUGUGGUGAAGACGGAGAAUUCCGUUCCUUCGUUGGGAAAGGUUGAGAUUUGGGGAAAUGUAUCACCACAGUGUGGAAAAGAUGUGGUCGCAAGCAUAUGCAGUUUGUGGUCGCAACGUAGUGCACGCAGUGUUUACGAGUCUGUUUUCGUUGAUAAGAAUGAACUUCCUUCAAAAAGUGAUACUAACACUGGGAUGAAAGUUUCUCAGGCUCUAGAUGUGCCGGAAAAUUUUCUGGAUCCAAUAACCUGUGAAAUUAUGAUCCAGCCAAUAGUUCUGCCAAGUGGCAAAGUAAUAGACCAAACCACUCUAGAAAAACACGAAGAGAGCGAAGCAAUUUGGGGUCGACCAUCCUCAGAUCCAUUCACAGGAAUUCCGUUUAGUCAAGUCCGAAGACCACUUGUUGCAACGGCUUUAAAAGUACAAAUCGACCAAUUUCUCCUUGAAAACAGUGAAUCCGAAGAGGUGAAAAAACUGCCACGAGUUUUAGGAACUAAAUCCCGACCAGUGUCUUCCCUAAAAAUAAUUAGCGUGCAAAAUACUCAAUUAGAAAAAUUACCCGUGAAUAUUCAGACCAUGACAAAAUAUCGACCCAUGUCUGAAGUUAAUUCUAACAAAAGAAAGAAGCUGCAUGGUCACAGUUUGCCUGUGGCAUCUGUAAAAAGAAGUCGUAAUAUUGCUGUAACUAAAUCGUGUGUAGUGAAAAAAACAGACUCGAUAUUCACAGAAAAUAAUUCUGGAGAGAGUAGUUCAAACCUUCCCACAGAAGUAAAAUCUUUGCCGGAUAAACAAACCAACUGUGAUUGCUGUACAAAAAGCAUUUUUUAUAAACUGCCUUGUAAACAUAUUGUAUGUAGAAAAGUAUUACUUUUUGGUAACAAUCAAUGCGAGGUUUGCAAAUCUGCUUAUGAAAGUUGCGACCCUGAAAGAAUUUAUACUUGACUUAAUUUUAAAAAAUGAUACGAAACUGUAAGUAAUUAUAUAUAAUUUUAAUGGUGCUUGCUUUGUAAAAUAUUCCGCAAAGUAUUGAAGAAAAUAAUUAGAUGUUUACUUUCUAUUAAA